AUGAGAGUGUUGCCUGCGACCACGCACACCGGAUCGUCCACUACGACCUCGUCCGCUCGGCUGAUUGUCGAUCACAUUGUCUGGAAAGGCAAAUACCACCCACGUGAUGAAUACAAGAAGGCUCAAUCAAACAAUUCCGCUGAGAGGCAAGGAAAGACUCAAACCCGGAAUUACCGACCCAAUCCUCAGUACAUAAUCUCGGUAUGCGAUUUUGGGUGGGAACAAUUGCCGUCGAUACCCAUCGAGAUGCGCAAGCAGUGGCUUUUCAGGAAGAGACUGUAUAACAAAAGGGACACAGCCUUUCCCGCCUUACCUGAAGCAGCCGACGAGUCCCUUGUACCAGAGGAAGAAUCAAUUUUAAAUUUUUGUCUUAUAUCACUGCCCACGUUUCGUAAGGUUCAGGGUGACAACGUGAAUAACCCGCUGGAACGGCUCAUGCAGAUUUUUGCCAAUACCGGACCAGAUUCAGUCCCGCAGUCUCUGCCACAAUGGGCAAACGAUGACCUGAUUGCCAAGGCCUUUGUUGACCGGCUCUGUUUGGAAGGUCUUAGCACCAACGAAAAAGACGCCUAUUGGAAGUGGGAAGAACGCACAUGUGAGAUUGAACAGAUGAGAGAAGACUGA